AUGGGAAAUUGCUGUACAAAAAAUCAAUACAAUGAUAUGCAAGACAAUUUAAUAUACCUAAUUAUAAUGAAUAAAUUCAUAUUGGUUAGCCAUUACUUAUAGGCAUGUUUUUUAUUCAUUAUAAUUAGUUAUAUCAAUAAGAACUGAAGAUUGAUUUGUUGGAAAUGAAUACUUUGAUUGAGCAGGCUAUCAUCGUAAUAUUGAAUUUGAAAAUUAUACUUUUUUCCAAAAAGCUCUCUAUCAAGGAUGAAAAGAUGUUGAUCUCAACCAAAAUUUUAUUGAAGAAACAUCAAGCCCUCAAUUCAAUAACUCAGCUUAUUUACAGCUAUGUCUUGAUAUUCGAAAAGGAGUCCCUAACUAUUUAAUAAGAAACGUGAUUUCAAAAUUAAUUACUUAUGAUAAUGAUGUCGCCAAAACGGAAUAUUAUGAUUAUACAAAUCAAUUGGAUCCCGAUUUAAACUUCCUACUCUUCAAAUAAUAAGAAAACUUGCCUUUGAGCGUCAGUUGUUUUAAUAAGAUUUAUUUGAUUUUGAUUAAAUAGUUAAUAAAUACCCUAGCUACUUAAAUUUAAUAGAAUUAAAUGGAUUUUCUUAUUAUUUAUAAGUAUUAUUGCAAUAUUGUUCAUUUUAAUAUUUUCUUAAGAAGGACUCAAGGAGUUAGAUCUCCCUGCUGAAGAUGAUCCACUUUUUGGGAGAAAAGAUUUAUUGAACUGUUUUUUAACAUAUCGAGGAGCUACUGCAUGCAAAUCAAUACUCUAUGUAAUUCAUAAAAAAACAAGCGAUAUCGAAGUAUGCUUGAUUUUACCUAGAGUUACACAGAUUUUGCUUUGAUUUAUGAAAGAGCACGAAACCUAUCAAAUUUUACAAGUUCUUAUUGCAGAGUCUCGAAAUAAAGAAAAGUGUCAAAAUUAUUCUUUCCAUUUUCCUUUGACAGAUUUUCAGCACAAAAAAGUAGUCAAGAAAAUCUUUAAAAGAGUUAAAGAAAAAAUGGGUGAAAUCCAAAUUAAUGAAAAAUGUGUGAAAAAAGUUAUAAUCCUUUAUAAUAAAUAUAAUUUUGAUAUAUAUUAUAAAAUCAUUUAUUUAUAAUAAAUAAUUAGAUAUAUAAAAAGAUAUCGCGUUCAAUAUGCUUGUAGGCUAUAUAUCGCCAUCAUUUUAUCCAUUAAUUUUGAUGAAUUUUUUAGCAGAUGGAAUAGGGUCAAUUAUGAAAUUUACAGCUGCAGUUGUAUAUUUAGCUCUAAAACAAUGCGAAGAAUUAAGAGGAGACAGUAAAACUAUUCCUGAUUGGAGAUCUUAUACUAGGUCUGAAGUCAUUAUUUUUAAAAUUCUAAAAGUAAUUUACAUUUAGAAAGCAUUCAAAAUCAACAUAGAAAAGUCCAAUAAAACAGAUACAGCCAGUGUAACAGCUGAUAGAUAA